AUGGAGAAGCAUCGAAUAAUUUCUGUCUUCCUUCUUCUGUGCACCCUCGCAUCCGUGGCUUCCUCCAAAACUCUUUACAUGAGAGCGACAGCCAUUCUUUCAGGAGUGAAUGUUUUUGGAGGUACCAACUUUAACCUCGGAUUCGGACGAGCUGUCAUCUCCGUUUACAUAGAUGGACCGUUUUACGAGGUGCGGACAUUCGUGACGGCCAACAACAUGUUCAGCAACGGUAACAUCCCUUUGUAUGGAGUAUAUAUUGGUAGGCGCUUCACAUCUCCAGCCAACGCAGAUGGGGUGCGUGUGCCGCCGUUUGUCAUGAACUGGAAGAAUGACACCCUGAACGGCCCCAUAAAUAGGCAGGACUUUCACCAUCUUCAACGCACCUACCCCCACUCUCUCCGCAUGCCGUGCGUCACUCCCCCUCACGCGCGGAAGCAGUACGCGAGCUUCUCCGCAGCGAUGCCGCUCCGCACGCCUCUUCCUCUAGAUGACGUCGUCGACGGCUGGGGCAUGGAUGUCGUCCCGCUGGAUCCACCUCGGCCCAGAUCCGACGUCAGAAUUGACAGAUGGCCGGUUACACGACCGGCCGUUGGGGAAGCGAUUGAGAAGAAGAAGAUCCGACAAACUGCGAACAGAAGAUGGAAGCCCGACGUUGAGUUGCGGAAGGCACGGAAUUGGGUCGCGGCGCAGAGUCAGGCCGUUGUGCAACGGGCGGGGGAAGCGUGGGGGAACGCGCAGAAGGAAUGCCGGGAGAAUAUUGCAGGGAUGUGGAGCCGGCUGCAGGAAGAUGGCGGAUUGAAGACCGUCAAACACAUUUUCGCCGGAGCUACCGCGUCAGUUGUUGCCAGAUCUGCGGUGGCUCCUCUGGAGCGUCUGAAGCUAGAGUACAUGGUGUGCGGGGCUCAAGCGCAUGUGCCGGAGCUAACCCGGCGGAUAUUCGCGCGCGAGGGCAUGAUGGGGUUCUGGAAGGGCAAUGGCGUUAACCUGCUGCGCAUCGUGCCGUUUAAGACCAUCAAUUUCGUGAUGUACGACAUCUUCCGUCAAAAGAUCCUGGAUCUGUCGAAGAAGACGGACGUUAACAAUGUCGAGCGGUUAUCGGCCGGAGCCGUCGCCGGCGUCAUCGCCACCUUCGCCUGCUUCCCGCUGGAUACGGUUCGGACGAGGAUGAUCGCGCAAGGCGGCAUCGCGUGCACCGAUCUGGUCGGCUGUUUAAGCGAGAUGAUCCGAUCGCAGGGUUUCUUCGGCUUAUAUCGAGGCAUCUGGCCUGCGGAUAAGCCGAAGCUUCCAGUGAUAGACAAGAUCUCGUUCCUGCCUUCCGGGAAACUCGCCCUGCCAGGAGCCCCCUCUACCUCCCAAUCCGCCUCCCUAUCAGCCGGUCUCCCCUCUUUGGCCAAAGCGGACGGGUCUGAAUCGCAAGCGACAGAUGUAUCCGCGGUAGAGACAGACGCGGUAGAAGCAGCGGAGGUUCGGAAGGAGCUCGGACCAAUGCGAACGCUGCUGUACGGGGCGAUUGCAGGGGUCGUAUCGGAGUUCGCUACCUACCCUCUGGAGGUGGUUCGGCGGCAGAUGCAGAUGAGCGGUAUUCAGGGGUCCGUAGCGGUGGCGGGACAGAAGGCGGGAGCGAUGCGGGUGCUCAAGGAGGUGGUUCAGAGAGGAGGCCUCCCCGCGCUCUACGCUGGAAUGGUCCCGGGGCUGCUUCAGGUGCUGCCAUCCGCGGCAUUGAGCUACUGGGUAUACGACUUCCUCAAGCUACACCUCAAGGUUGACUAG